UGAGAAGGGAGGUCCCUGUCAAGAGAAUGGCCAAGAUCUCCUCAGGAUGUCUUCCAAGGUCUCCCCUGCUCCCCUCCUCUCCAAACCCCCCCUGCGGGUGAAAGACCUGGUGGUCAAAUGGCUGAGUGUAGUUUCCGGUCUCCAGUUGUGUGCAUUCCUGAUGGAUAUUAUGGCCUGGAUGACGUGCAUUGCCUCAAUAGCCAUUGUCAACUGGCGAGUGUGGCGUGUAGAAAACAUAAAGGGAAUUGGAUCUGGAAACAUCUGGAUCGGAAUCUGGAAGGUCUGUUUUUUGAAAGACCCUUCGAACGACGGAAACUAUUAUUACCAUUGUGAAGAGCUCCAUGAACAACAUCCAAACCUCCCGAGGGAAAUUUUUAUUGCUCAGGACCUAAUGGCCUUAGCUGCCAUUAUGAAUUCAGCGGCCCUUGGAUUGCAGUUAUUUGCCCUCUGCAAUGUGUUGGAGGCCAGAAAACAUAAGGAUUUUCUCUCAACCUUUUUUGGGCUUGGAGCUCUGCUGAACUUACCAGCAGGGAUACUCAUCCUGAUUUCCGUGAUAUGGAACAUGUCUGCUGUCUUACAAAAUGGGGGAAUUGACUUCCCUGAAACUUUUGAAUUGCCUCAAAUUCCCAGCGAGCAGCAUAUUGGACCUUCUAUUUAUCUAGGCUAUAUCGCUGCAGGUUUCCAGCUGCUGAGUGCAGCAUUUGUUGGGAUGGAGAGAUGUUGCAUCAGGACCACCGCAACAGAUACAUCUCAAAUAGAAACUGUAGUGGUGGUUACCCCAGGAAGUGCGGUGAAAAGCGAGAGUCUUACUACUUGUUCAAAGUGUGGUUCUCUGCUGGACCUGGUAAUUCAAGAGAAAUCCUCCGCAGUGGAGAUGGAGGAAACCCAUGCGGAAGAUCUUGUCAAAUCCUGCGCAGUUGAGGUGGAGGAAGGCUGUGCAAGUGAUCUUGUCAUUCCAGAGGAAUCCUGCACAGUUGAGAUUGAGGAAAGCUGUGCAAGUGAUCUUGUCAUUCGAAAGGAAUCCUGCAUAGUUGAAAUGGAGGAAAGCUGUGCAAGUGGUCUUGUCAUUCCAGAGGAAUCCUGCACAGUUGAGAUGGAGGAAAGCUGUGCAAGUGAUCUUGUCAUUCCCGAGGAAUCCUGCAUAGUUGAGAUGGAGGAAAGCUCAGGGGAAUCCAGUCUCAUUCAGGCAGGGGGCUGCCUUGAAUUUCCUGCUGAAACCCCCAAGUUGUCCAACUCUCUUUUAGCUGAAAUCCCAUCCUAA